UCAUAGUCAGCAGGGGGGCGCGCAAGGACCUGCGGAGCUGUCUCUUUAAGGCGCGCUCCCGGCCCACCCGCGCGCUCCCGCGUCUAUAUCUGGAGUGUAUGGAGAUGCCUCCAGCUCAGAGAAGGAGAAGGCAGAGGAGCAGGAGCACACAGGACCGGGGACCAUAGGCACCGCUCUAUAUCGGACUCUUCCCUAUGGAUACAGCUCCUUGCCUGUCACCCUAAGGACCUGUAGUCACCACUUUGUGUUCAGCUCAGUCUCAACUAUUCUCUAUAGGAUCUUACUGACAACUCCGCUGCCCCCAUGUUAGUCCACGCAUACUCUGCCAUGGAGCGCUCUGAUGCCCUGAAUGGAGCCGCCGGCGGUGGUCGCCUAUCCCAACUCUCCUCGCUGAACCAGGGGGCUUAUUCCUCUGCUCCCCCACUCUGUCAUACUCCAGCAUCUGAUUUCCAGCCCCCAUACUUCCCUCCCCCGUACCCACAGCCUACCUUAUCAUACUCCCAAAGCCAAGAGCCUGGAUACCCCCACCUGGGAGACCCCUACUCUGGUAUUAACCCUAUCCACCAGCACCAGCAGUCGGCAUGGCACACGCAGAGAAGUCGCCAAGAAGACGCAGGGCUUCUGUCUCAGUCACACAGGGGGCUCAGCCUUGACCCACGAAGGGACUAUGGGGGGGUUCCCCGUCUGCUGCCCGGGUUGGGAGAUGGUGGGCACAGCCUGGCAGAGAGUGCCCUGUCCUUACAUGCGUUGUCACACCACAGCAUAGAAGACAUGCAGGUGAUGGAUGAGUCAGGUAUCAGUUUACUGGACCAGUCUGUCAUCAAAAAAGUUCCAAUGCCAUCCAAGAAUAACAGCAGCAUGAUGUCCUCUCUUACUGUGAAUAAAGAAGGCCUCAUAGGUGGAGUAUCAAAUCCCAAUGAGGUUUUCUGUUCUGUCCCUGGACGGUUGUCUCUGCUUAGUUCCACUUCCAAAUAUAAGGUGACAGUGGGUGAGGUCCAAAGACGCCUUUCACCUCCUGAGUGCCUUAAUGCAUCUCUGCUUGGUGGAGUACUAAGGAGGGCAAAAUCAAAGAAUGGCGGUCGUUGCCUGCGUGAGAGGUUGGAAAAAAUUGGAUUAAAUCUACCAGCAGGAAGACGCAAAGCAGCCAAUGUGACUUUACUGACAUCUCUGGUCGAGGGUGAGGCUGUCCAUCUAGCCAGAGAUUUUGGCUAUGUUUGUGAGACGGAGUUCCCAGCAAAAGCUGCAGCAGAGUACCUGUGUCGUCAACACUCCGAUCCCACUGAGCUCCAUACGCGGAAAAACAUGCUUCUUGCUACCAAGCAGAUUUGCAAGGAGUUUGCCGACUUAUUGGCCCAGGAUCGCUCUCCAUUGGGAAACAGCCGCCCAUCUCUUAUUCUGGAGCCUGGAGUACAGAGCUGCUUGACUCACUUCAGCUUAAUCACUCAUGGGUUUGGAGGACCAGCAAUAUGUGCAGCGCUCACUGCUUUCCAGAACUACCUACUUGAGUCUCUAAAAGGCAUGGAUAAGAUCUUCAUGAACAGCACAGGGAAUGGACACUCUGCCGGGGAAUCCAAACCUACAGAAAAGGAACUUAAACAUAGGAAAUAACGCAAUGUGACAUUCAUGAUGAGGCUUGAAAGAUUAAAUCCCAGUGGUGAAAAGUGAUCCAAGAAAGCAAAAUGAUUUUAUGUCCUGGAGUAAAAUAUACACAUUAUAAGGAGGAUCCACACUGAAAUGAGAGAUGGAAAAAUGCUAAGAAGACAUCAUAAAAUCAUUAUACUUGUUGAAGAUAUGACAAUACCUUUUAUACUUGCACCAGGCAGUAACAUACCCCGCACACAGACUGUUAUAUAGACUAUGGAGGACUUACAGUAUGUAACUUUUCUACAACAUGACAUGAAAAUACAGUCAAAAAAUCAUUGACCCAAUAUUUAUACCCGCAGAAUGGAAUGGUACCUCAUAGUGAAUGCAGCUGAGAGAUAUAUCUCAUAUAUAGAAUAUGCAGUUUUGAUAUGACCUUGCUAUUCUUUGUUUAUUCAAGAGGCACACUGGUAAAAUAAAACUCAUCAUAGCAAAAUAAUAGGGUAAAACCAAUAUAUAAUAACAAAUACUCCAAUUGUUUAAACUCCUACAAAGUGUGAUUCCACCAAUAGAAUUGGUACGUUUGGAGUUAGACUGUGUGUGGAUUAGAUACAAAUCUUGCAUUUUCUACAGGAAAAUACCCCACUCGCCAUGAUAGAUUUCUAUUCUGGAAUAUUAUUGGCUAUACCACAUAGGCUGUCCCUUGCUAAGCACAUAGAAUGUCUGUAAGAGCACUGGUUGGAAGAAUUAAGACAUUUCGUUAUUUUUAAUCUACAUUUUUAGCUUCUGCUCAUAUUGAGUAAACAGCAAGCAUCAAAGUAAAACGUGUUCUACAAGUUCACCUUUGCUGCUCAUUAUAACAAUGGUUUUUCACCAUCUUCCUCUCCCUGCCAGCCAAGAUAGGAUGGGGUUAAAAAUAUCAAUAUUUAUCAACUGUCCUUUCCAUUUCCAUUUCCAAGUGACAUUACCAGAUAUCCAUAAGAGAAUAGGGAUCCAAUUAUGUCAUUGGUAGAUUCGGCCUUUUCUUUUUAGUAGUGACCUUAACAAAUUUAGUUUAUCAAAUUGUGCAACAGAAAUUAUUGUAAUAGGUUCUCUAAUGGAUUAUUAUAAUGUUAUAAUUUAUUUCAUGACAACCUAAAACUGAAAAAUAGGUGAGCCUAUUUACCAUAUAAGAGAUAAGUAUGCCCUCUCACACAACCCGUUGUAGCCCAUUAUAUAUAUCUGAGAUUUAACUAGUCCACCAUGGAAAAUAACACUAGAGGGGUUAUCAUAUAACAACCGAGCAAAAGCUAAUACAGUGAAACCUCUUUGAUACGACUCAUAAUUCUAGAGGGUGAUCUUCUCAAUGAAGAUAGCCAGUAGGCAUAUUAAAGGGAUUAUCCAGGAAUAGAAAAACACAGCUAUUUUAUUUGCAAAACAGCUCCCUGUCUGUCUCCAGGUUGGGUGUGGUUUUACAACUUGGCUCCAAUUACUUCAAUGGAACUGAGCUGCAGAACCACACCCAACCUGGAGACAGAAAGUACUGUAGUGGUGUUUUUCUAUUUCUGGAUAACCCCUUUCAAUGGUGGGACUGAAUAUCUUUCACUUAAAGUGUGGUCUGGACAAGAGGUGGCCUUUGGAGAGGUUUCAUUGUAUAUAAAACCACAGUGUUUUUCGAUACGGUAAAGGGCUCGUCUAUGUAAAGUGUUUCAACUUACAAAAUAAGAGUAUGAUUUUCUUUUAAGAGUAAUGUGUGCCGCAGCUGAAAUAAAUAAAUGCACAUAUGUCUAUUUAAUUAUAUUAAUAUAUGACUGCUAAAUUAAUGGAAGUGGUAAUACUGGGAAAGAAAAUACAUGUGUAAAUCCACAGUUUAUCAGCUGCUCAGGUGAAGCACUCCAAAACUUUAUAGUAAAAAGUAUCCCUGUUACUUGCAAGAUAUAGGAUAUGCCGUUCCAAAAUAUGUCACUGCCAGAAGAUUAUUUUUGUCUACAGAAGAGCAAUCUGUGGGUUUUCUUAUGUAAACGUGAGACUAUCAGAGUUGACCUGCUGAUUUGGGAGCCCGGCCAUCGAACCAUCUUUGAUACAUGAUUACUUUGCACCCCAAAUUCUGGGGUCAACAGCCUGAGGGCUGAACUUUCUCCAAAAUGCUGUAUUUCUUCUCCACUCUUCUCUGCACUUUGCAUGGAUUGCAGAUAAGUCCUACUCACAAGUGUGGUCAGGACUGGAAGCACCACUGGUGAGAAUACGUUGCUUUCUGCCCUAGUAAAUCAGAGACUUUUGUAAAUAUUUAUUUAUGUGUAAUUAAAUGGGAACAUUGUAAAGAUGUUCAGUGCAAGCUAUUUAUAAACUGAGUGAGUUUUUUGGGGGUAUUAUUAUUUGUGUCUGGGGUGUCCAUGCAUCCUUAAGGGUUUCUUAUAUCACAGAUGUGUCUGUUGUUGUUUAAAAAAAAAAAAAAGAAAAAAGAACACAAAUGAGAGAAAAAUCCAGAAAUUAUUAUUAAUAAAACAUUUUUGA